AUGCCCAGCAUCAAAGAGAUUCGUGUUGCUAUAUCCCAGCUGCCCAAAGGAUCGCCUCUGGUCGUCGCUCUUCCUGGCGGCACAACCGGAAUUGGCGCAUACAUUGCCAAUGCACUGGCGACCACUUUUGCACAACAUGGGUCGAAGCUGCGCGUGUAUAUCAUUGGCCGCAAUGCCACGCGCGCCGAGUCCGUCAUGUCCGAAGCACAAAAGACCAGCCCUGGCUCGGACUGGCGCUUUGUGAAGGCAAAUGACCUUGCACUAAUCAGUGAAGUCGACCGUUGCUCUGCAGAGAUCAUCAGGCAGGAGACUGAGGAUCCUUUUCAUGGUGGACCAGUUCAGUUGGAUCUGCUUUAUAUGACGUACUGCUAUCCUAUCCUGAAGGAGCGCAACACCACCCCGGAAGGUCUGGACUCCUUCAUUUCAACAACCUAUUACUCGAGGAUCAGGUUCAUCAUGCAACUCAUGCCUCUUCUGACUGCAUCCCCGUUGCCCGGCCACGUCAUCUCGGUCUACGCAGGUGGAUUCGAGGACGGGACUUCAGUAGGGGAUUGGCCCGUCGGUUGCCCACCUGAUUCAACCUACGGAGUUAGCAGCGUGCGUAAGCAUACCUGUUUCAUGAAGACUUUUGUCUUCGAAGAGCUUGCCGAUAAAUAUGCUGGGAAGCUAAGUCUGACGCACAUCUACCCGGGUCUGGUUGAUGGGCCUGGAUUCACCAGCUCUGACAUGCCUACCUGGUUUAAAUUCGUGUGGAAGAUUGUGAAACCCUUGGCUUGGCUGUACAUGACGUCGUCAGAUGACUGUGGACAAGUGAUGGUCUAUCUCGCAACCUCGAAUUUCCCGGCCAAGGGAACAGUCGACAGUGCUAAAGCGACUUUGAGCACGAAGGAAGAGGCUGGCGGCGGAUCAUAUGGCGUUGGACAAAGGGCGGAUGCGGCAAAAGGCAUCAGAUAUGAAAAGCUUCGCAAGGAGGAUACAAGCAAGAGAAUCUGGGAUCACACGAUGGAGGUAUUGGAUCGGAUUGAAAAGGAGAAUGAAAAUGCUGCGCAGAAGUAG